AUGUUCAACGCUGCUACACGGUCGUAUUCGAUUCUUGCUUUGGUCCUUAUCUUGUUCUCUCUUGGCUCGGUUGUUGCUCGUUCGACGAACGGAGAGGGAGGAGUGCUAUCACAACGUGGAACCGCUGACGAGGCAACCUUGAAGACCGGAACUACGGGCUAUAAUUCUCUUGAGAGCUUGUUCAAAGGAAAUGAGCGAUUCCGGCGAGGGACGAGUAGGAAGCGGGAGGCAGUGGCGAAAUUGGUUGAGGAAUCACCUUCGUUCAUGUUCCUGGGGUGUACCGACAAUAGGUUGACCCCUGCCUCGAUCUUCCAAGCCCCCAUUGGUUCUAUCAUCACCCAGAACAACAUUGGGAACCAAUACUCGAAGAAGGAUGUCAGCACGGACGCAGCGAUUACCUACGCCAUCGAAGAGCUCGGAGUCCAGCAUAUCAUCGUUCUAGGACACUAUGGUUGCAAGGGCGUUCAAAAAGCCAUAGCACCUCCCAAGGAAGAUAACUCUGUGUUGAAGUGGAUCAAACCUAUAGCUGAAUUCUACAAAAUUUCUCGGAGGCACGAUAUUGUCAAAUUCAGAGAUUCUAGGCUGCCUCGGCGAGGAUUGCCGAAUGGUAUCAAGACCGCUCCCGAGUUUGACGAUCCUGGAUUCAGAGCUGUCGUCGAAGAGAACGUCCGAAGGUCCGUUAAAGCCAUGAAGGAGGAUUCACUUUUGGCCAAGGCAUAUCAGCGAAGUGCUACAACACGAGCCAAAAAGACCGAGUUGGAUGUCUACGUCCACGGAUUCGUGUUCGACGAAGACACCGGGGAGGUGGUGAACCUUAAUGUUUCGUUUGGGCCACCUGGAAAGCCUAUCCCUCCUGUUCCUUUCACUGCUGUAGCUGCAGCCAAGAAUUUCCAUCGACAAAAGCAUCUUCCUGGAAUCAACAAGGGUAAGAGGCUGCGGACUUGAUGUAUUACCGUAGGACGUAAGACAAUUGUAUUAUGAAUCGACCGGGAAUUC